GCGGUUCUCGUGUGAAUUCUGGCGCGCAGCGUGCGUUCGCGAAACGUUUGUCCGGAUUAGGAUUGGCGUGGUGCUUGGACAGCGAUUUGUACCGGACCGUAAACUGUAUGCAAAGACGCCAUGGCAAGUGGUAGUAGGCGGACAGUCACCAAUGAUUUGCCAGAGGUGUUACGUCCUCUUUGCAUUGCCGAACACUUCACGUCUGAAGAUGACGACUCCGACGGGAAACAAACGUACUCGGAAGAGGAAGACGUCGCCACUCCGCUGGUCCGCCCUCCAGGCCCUGCCGAAGAGGAGUCGCUCAUUGAACACUUCGCAUCUGACGGUGACGACUUUCACACUGAACACCUAAAUGAAUCCGACAUGGAACAAGAGUACUUGGAAGAAGAUGACGUCGCCACUUCGCCGGGCCGCCCUCUUGGCCCUGCCGAAGAGGAGUCGCUCAUUGGGUCGAGCCUUGCAGAGAUGCCAACUGACCUCCGAAGCCUCCUGUCACUCAACCGUGCCUACCAAGCGUUGCUCGACAACGCCAUAUGUGAGUUGGCAGAAAGGCUAGAAGAGAACAGGCAGCUGAGGAUGGAACUUUUGGCAAAGCUCUCCGAGCGAUCUGCACGACCCGCAAAGCCGAAGGUGCGCAAAAACUGGUACCACUCGCUGGUGUUCCACCACCCAUACUUCAGGGACAUCAAUGGAAUGCGGGCGCCCAUGAACGAAGAUGAGAAGAUCAAGCGAGCCAACAAGGAGAUGGACCCGUACCUCACCCCACCUUUGCAUUGGAGCGCCGAGGAAAACCGCAUGCUG